UUUCUCAGAAGAGUAGGACGGGGCCCAAGAAUGAGGAGGCGUCGUUCGGUGAAGAGGCUGCCACUGAGGAAGUGGCGGUUGGUGAUGGUGAAACUUCAGAGCUGCAUCAUGACCAGAACUUUAUCCCAGAGGAAAAUGGGAUGGAUGCAAACUCAGUCAGAGAUGAUGGCUUUUAUAUUGAAGCUAAUGAUCUUUUGAACCCCAUGGAAGAAAAUCCUGCAGAUUUUGAAAUGGCUGAUCAGUACCUGAAUUUAGAUUAUGACCUUCCCGAUAUGAAUUUUGAAGGUUUUGAUCCCUCUGAAUUUUUAGGGACUGAAAACGCUAGUUCUCACCAAACACCCAUCACCCAGAAGAAUGAAAUUGGGGAAGCUGACCAACUGUCGAAAGAAAGUCUACGUCUAUCAAAGUUACAGGGAAGCAAUGAUGCUUCCUCUUCAAAGCAUAACCCAAAGGCCUUAACGGAUGAAUCAGAGGUUACUUUGCCGGGUAACUUAUCUGAGUUGGAGAUUGAUAGAUUGCUUUUUCAAACACUUGGGAACUCAAUGUGAUGACCGGCAUGAAUUUGCAUGGCAACUGUGCUUCUCUUUUCUCUGCUAAAAUUUUUGUCAUGUCUGAUUUUGAUGAUAUCUAUGUACUACUAGACUCUGCUAGUUGGAUUGUCUACCUAUGGUGUUAUGUUGUAUGCAUUUGUAGUACUGGCUGUGUUGGGCCUUUGUAUCAGUCCUUUCCCUGAAAGGGCUGUGUUGCUUUUUGUUGUAUAACUUCACUUCUGAUGACAAUGUGCUUUGAAACCUGUUUGGUUCUUACU